AUGUCUGCCCCGGCCGCAGCUCCAGCCCCUGCAGCGGGUGGCGCCAGCAAUGCUACUUUUCGUGAUAAGGAGAAGCCCAUGGCGGUGCGCUCCUCCAACAUCGUCGCCGCUCGAGCCGUCGCCGAUGCUAUCAGAACCUCUCUCGGUCCUCGAGGAAUGGACAAGAUGAUCCGUGGUGGAAAGGGCGAGACCAUUAUCACAAACGAUGGAAACACUAUGCUCAAGAGCAUGUCGGUCAUGCACCCCACAGCAAAGAUGCUGGUCAACCUUUCGGGCGCUCAGGAUGUGGAAGCUGGUGACGGUACCACCUCUGUUGUCGUCAUCUGCGGAAGUCUUCUUGGUGCCGCCGACCGACUUCUCUCCAAGGGCAUCCAUCCCUCAGUUAUUUCCGAGUCCUUCCAGCGAGCUGCCGCCGCCGCCGUCGAGGUCCUCCACGAGAUGUCCCUGCCCAUCGCCCUCACCGAUACCGCCUCUCUUCUCCAGGCCGCCAACACCUCGCUGUCGUCCAAGAUUGUGUCUCAAUACUCGAACCUCCUUGGUCCCAUGGCUGUCAACUCUGUUACAAAGACUAUCGACCUGAAGACCGCCGACAAUGUCGAUCUCAACAACAUCCGAAUCGUCAAGCGAGUUGGAGGAACGAUCGAGGACAGCGAGCUUGUCGAUGGUCUGGUUCUUACCCAACCCGUGCUCAAGAACGCCGGUGGCCCAGUUCGCAUGGAGAAGGCAAAGAUUGGUCUGAUUCAGUUCCAGCUGAGCCCCCCCAAGCCUGAUAUGGAAAACACCAUCCAGGUCAACGACUACCGACAGAUGGAUAAGAUCGUUAAGGAGGAGCGAUUAUACCUGUUGAACAUGGCCAAGAAGAUCAAGAAGGCCAAGUGCAACGUCCUGUUGAUCCAGAAAUCUAUCCUCCGUGACGCCGUCAACGACCUAUCACUACACUUUUUGGCCAAGCUCGGCAUCCUCGCUGUCAAGGACAUUGAGCGCGAUGAAGUCGAGUUUAUCUGCAAGUCCACUGGCUGCAAGCCUAUCGCUGAUAUCGACUCUUUUACCGAGGACAAGCUGGGUUAUGCUGAUCUCGUGGAGGAGGUGCAGUCUUCGGGAUCGCGCAUGGUCAAGGUUACGGGCACCAAGUCGGUCGGCAAGACUGUCUCCGUGGUGGUGCGAGGUGCCAACUCUCUGAUUCUGGAGGAGGCCGAGCGAAGUCUGCACGAUGCGCUCUGUGUUGUGCGCUGUCUGGUGAAGAAGAAGGCUCUCAUUGCUGGUGGUGGCGCCCCUGAAAUUGAGAUUGCCGCACAGCUCUCCAAGCAGGCGCGCAGCUUGACGGGCACCGAGGCCAUCUGCUGGAAGGCUUUUGCGGAUGCUAUGGAGGUGAUCCCUACCACGCUGGCUGAGAACGCUGGCCUCAACAGCAUCAAGGUGGUGACGGAGCUGCGACACCGUCACGAGAUGGGCGAGAAGAACGCGGGAGUCAGUAUCAAGUCGGGAGGUGUCAACACCAACAUCUCCAAGGAGAACGUUCUACAGCCCCUCCUCGUUAGCACAAGCGCGAUCGAGCUGGCGGCCGAGACUGUGAAGAUGAUUCUGCGGAUAGACGACAUUGCUUUGACCAGAUAG